AUGCGAUGGGAUGACCCCCUGUCUAAACUGCCAAAUCAGAGGACAAGCCCAUGCGUGCACGAAGACGGAGCAGAAGGUGUUGAAUCAUGCUCGUUCUGCAGAAGGCGGAAAGUGAAGUGCGACAAAAUGCGGCCAUGCUCGAGAUGUGUGUCAAGCGGGCGUCACUUGGAGUGCAUGGGAUCAGAUCUGACAGAUCUGCAACAGGACGAGCUCGUUGACAUCUCUGAAGAGCAAGAUGGAGAGAUUGUGCUGCCCCAGAAACGAAGGACGCCGGACACCUCGGAAACUUUCUACGAUCUCCCUGCCAGCGAAAGCUUCGAAUCCUUUGCAGCACAUUCUUCCGAGCAGCUCUACGUGCUGAGACCCCUGCAGACGGCCAUGCACUUGUACCUCCGAGAUCCGAUAUCAGGACAAGUGUGCUCUUGCGAUCACUUGCUCCCUCAGCUGCUGGUGAAAGCGUUUUGGCAGGCUGGGUACAACAAGACUCUGAUGGUAAAGAUGUUCCACGAUAUGCCUUCACCCGUACGAACAGCCUUCUUCAAUGGUUUGCAUGCGAUAGAACGGAUAGCAACCAGCGCAAAUAUGGGAGAGUUUGCAGCGAUGAGAUGCCAACAAUCGGCCGCAAACGGUCACAGCAUAUUUAACAUUGACGACCUGAGAGAGUCGGUGUCAUCGCAAGCAAACUUAGGGUACUGGAUCAUGGAGAUAGAUCCGAAUACGAUGAUCAGCUCAGGCAUUGCCACCUUCCUCAACAUGCACCCGGACGAGAUGCUCGCGCGCCUCGGCAACUGCGACAACUGGCUGCCUCACUCCGAGCUCGAGUUUUUCGGCAGCAUGGCAUAUGAGACCGUGAAGCUGCUGGACUCGAGGAUCGUUCGCAACCUCCGCAUUCUUAGGAGAUGUCCGCGGAGUGGAAAACUGAUCGACCCCUUCCUCGUCCGGCUCACCUCGAUGAAGGAACGGGACGCAUAUGGACGGGUCACUCGUGCCAUGCACGUCUUGCAGCGACUUACCCCCGAGGAGUACGACUUGGCAUGCAUAAACGAGCCCGAGACCUGCCGGCCGCUCAUGGAUGCCAUCGGCGACGCUCGAGGAGGAGAGGAGCUCCUUGAGACAGCCAACUAUGACUCGCUCUUCACCCAGAGCUUCAUGACGCUGAAUGAGAGCGUACAGGUAGAGCAGAGAGGAGGAGAGAUCAUCGAGAGGAACUUGGAGGAGCUGGGAGGACGCGACUUGACAAUUGCUGGUUGGCAGGGGUUGCAACAUACUCAGCAGCUGACUGCAAAGAUUCAGCAGCUGUUCGCUCCUUUUGUUGAUUUUGCCAUCUCAAAGAAGCUCUUAACGUAA